AUGCUAGACUCCCAGCACUAUGUGAACCUGGCCCCGUCCCACCCAUCUGAGGCCCCUACCACUACUGCGACUCUGCAGCCCCACGGUACCAUCAUCCUUUGGCAUCAACCACAAGUUUUCUAUAAAAUGGCUGAAGCAGUGCAUCAGGCAACCUUCUCCAGGGAGGCCGCUGAAUUUCCCUCCUCGCAAGAUGAAAUCUUCCUGGAGCUGUGGCAGAAACGUCUGAAGCAUACCUUUAACUCCCUCUGUGUGAAGCUUGCUGUUAGGCUGCAACCCUUGACCCCUUCUGUCCUGGCCGCCCACACUCCUCAAGGUUACACACUGGAAACGGAGAAGGGGGAGAAAUGCAGUGGGGUACUAUUCCGCAGCAGCAUGACAUCUUGGCUUCCAACUGGGAUCCAACACGGCAGAGCCAUGAGCUACCCCAGAGGGGCAUAG